AUGGCUUCGACGACUCUCGAUGAUAUUAUAACGGAGUUGAGACUCACGUAUGAUUCAUCUGUAGGAGUGCUUGAAGGUGACCAUAUCCAGUCUGUGCCCAAGAUAAGUGUACUCCUGAACUUGAGUAAGCUUUUAAGCAAAUUGGACAGACAAUUACUGGAAGUGGAGCAGAUUGAUAAGUCGGUACUAAAGAAAAUCAAAAAAAUUGCGGGAGAUGGCGAAGGUGACGAGGAUGGUGGAGAAGUGGAGAAGAAGAGGUUUGGGUUGCCUGAUCAGGAUGAAGAAGACAGACCUGAACUGGAACAAAGAAAGGACAAAAUCGACGGUGUGGUAGAUGGCGAGGAUGCCAAUAGCAAUGAAGAGGAUGAUGCUGCAGAAGGAGAAGGCGAAGAGGAGGAAGAAGAUGACGAAGAGCCUGAGGAUGACGGUGCUGAUGGUAUUGCUAGUGGUGCAGACAAAGCCAAUGGUGCAGCAGGUUACGAUAAAGUCGCCGAUGACGACGUACCCCUUCACAACAAGAGAAAGCCAUCGGUGACGGACGAUGAAGAUGACGUUGGACUAGCAAAGAGAAGGAAAUUGGUCAAGUCGGAGACAGAUGGCGAAGCAUACGGUAAGGAGAAGGAGAUCAAAUUUGAAGAUGAGAACGCUAAUGUGGACGCGGAUGAAGAUGAUAAUGACUUUAACGAAGGCGAUGACGACGAUGAUGGUGACGAACACGAGGAUGGAAGCAAGGUAGAUAAAAUUCUCCCUCCUGAACAGAGGGGCCAUUACACCCACGAGAACGACACACGUCUCAAGAACCCCAAAUCCGAAUUCGUCACCUCUCAAACGCUUCCUGCUGAAGCAAUAGCGAAGCUAGGACUCUUCUCAGAGUCGAAUAACGGACUCGAAACUCACGGUAAGGAAUACUUGAAGAAGAAAUACGGUGUUGCUUCAUACCCUGAGAAUGAUUUGUAUGAUCUAUUACCAGGACCAAUCCCAAGCACAGACUUCUCCAAAAAUAAACCGCCAUCUAACCAAGUGCAAUUUACCACGUUCCAGUCGUACAUUGAAUCAUUCUUCAGACCUUUUGUACCAGAAGACAUAGAUUUCUUGAAAGAGAAAUACGUUAUCCCAGCGAUCGGAGGGUUUGACGAAAAGUUGAACAACUAUGACCCAGCAACUACUCCAUUCCUUAUUCCUAAAUUGGGACCGUUCUACGCUGACCUUUGGACUGCUGCAGAUCUGUCUUUAGCUAACAAAAUAAGCUCACCUUCGCCCUAUCAACAGGGCCCAGAUUCAUAUUUACCUAAGGGCUCCAUCGAUAACUUGAGCGAUGAUAAGUUGUACACGGAAGAUAUAUCUUGUGGACCCUUAUCAUCUAGGCUCUUAUCCGCCAUAUUAUGUAAUAACGAGAGCGGUGAGUUGGAUGGCGAUGACAUAAAGAACGAAGAAAAUUUCAACGACGACGACUUGACUUCUUCGCCUGUGCCUCAACCAACCGACAUCGAUGUCGCUACGCAGUUAGACCUAAACAACGAAAGCUACAAACUAACCAGCGAAAAAAGUGAUUUCCAUUCCAUAGAAGAGAGAUUAAAAAGAGAAUUAAAAUAUAUUGGUAUCUUUAUGAACUUACCAAAUGGGAAGAAGAAAAAUGUUAACGAUAGCAAUGACGAUACAGCAGCCAGCAACUCUAUAAAUGGAGGUACAAGUGCUGACAGUAAUGACGGUACUGGUUCUGGAACUGGUGCCGGAGACAUUAACAAUGGUGGAGGAUCCGAAGGUCCAGGAGGAAAUGGAGAAGGUUCAGCAGACGGCUCUCACAUCAUUGAUAACGAUGAAUGGAUCAAAAAUAGAGAAGAUGAUGAAGUAUGCGCCGAGCUCCGUGCAUUACAAAGAGAAUUACACGAAACGCACAAGAGAAAUAGACAAAACAAGAAGAAGUUAAUACCAAUAGUUGAUGACCAAUUAGCCUUCCAGGAAUAUUGCACCAUCUUAGAAGAUUUGGAUAAACAGGUUGACCAAGCAUAUAUCAAGAGAUUGAGAGUAAAGAAUAAAAAGAAGAAGGGACACGCUCAUAGUUCAAGUAAUGCUGCUUCUACUCCUGGUGCAACAGGAGCAGGUUCAAGUGAGUCAACGACCGGACUUCAACAGACUGUAAAUAGUGGAUUAAGGUCGCUUUUGGAUAAACGUAGCAAAUGGAUAGAUAACAUCGGGAAGCUUUUCAAGUCUCCAGAGCUUAUGAAGCGUGCUCCACUGGAAAGUAUCCUAUCUGGAGCUAUUGAAUCGGAUGAUGAAGCUGAUGAUGAGGAUCACAUUGACACUGCUGCUGAGACUAUUAUGAACAAGGGGCAUUAA